AUGUAUAACGGACACAAUUUCAUCAAGAUUACAUUUGAUUACCAAGUUCAUCUGAUAUACAUUGUUUUGAUUGUCUCGAACCCCAAAGAGGUUUCUAUAUUUGUGCAAUAUCGUAAGCUGUUCCGUCGUGUGCUAAGCUGUGGUGCGCCUGUUGCAGAGCACCACGGGCUGGUGCCGCCCCGCUUCAGCGACCGCGUGGCGUCGGGCCCCGUGCGCGAGGGCGAGACGGCCGUGCUGUCGUGCGUGUCGCAGGGCCACCCGCCGCCCAACUACUGCGCUAUCGGGUGGCAGCAGCGGCCGCCGGACGGGCCGGCGGCGCGGGCUUGGGCGCGGGCGUGGGCGGCGGCGGCGCUGGCGACGGCGGCGGGCGCGGCGCCCCGGGGCCCCUGGGCCCGUGUACCCCAGCGAGCGCGUUGCAACAUGCGCCACGGCGUGCUGGUGGUGAGAACGCGGCAGCUGCGCGACGCCGGCCGCUACGUGUCACGCCAACACACGGGCGGCUCGGAGCGCGUCGAGCUGGAGCUGGCCGUGUGGCGCUCCCUGGCCGUGCACGUGGCCGCCGCAGCUCACGUCGACCUGGGCCGCCGGCCGAGCUCACGUGGCAGCGUGGCGGCGCUGCCGCGCCCACGCUCUCCUGGGCAAGGACGGCCUGCGCUUGCUGCAAGGCUCUCUACAAUAUUAUGUGACGAACAAGAACCAGAUUGCUACUGGGAAGUUUCUAAGGCUAGUGAGAGAGUGUGCAGUUUUGUGUUGGGACAGUCGGUGCGGAUCGGCGGGCCGGGCGGCGCGCGCCUACACAUCAGCGCCGUGUCGCGUGAAGACCGCGGCAUGUACCAGUGCUUCGCUAAGAACGACUACGAGAUGGUGCAGGGCACCACGGAGCUGCGGCUGGGCGAACUGUCGAAUCCUAUGGAGCACUUCUUCGUUACCCGUCGAUAUCUCCAACAUAGUGUGUCCGAACCGCCGCAUCAGCAAACACUGGUAGCAGCUGCACGAGACACACCAGCGGCGUGGGCAGCGGUUGCAUCUGGCGCAGCGGUAGCAGCUGGUACCGGCCGGCUGAUACUGAAGCAACGCCAAACAUUGGCGUGGGAGGCGGCUUGGCUGAUCUUGAAAGAAAUUAAAACUGCUAAAAAUAAAAUACAAUGUCAUUUUCCAAAGCACGGCCGUUCUGCAGUGCCUUUGAAUGCUUGUCAAAACGUUGUUGAGAAAAUAUCAUCUUGGUUGCAUAAGAUGUUUCUUAGGAAAAUCAAUUUAAGUUUUGGAGAUUUAUUUUUUAAUGAAGCACAAAAGCUUAAUGUAUUAUUUACUCCAUUUUCUACUUUUCUAAAUAAAAAGAAUUUCCAUGAGGAAAAAAAAUUGUACUAG